CGUGAGCUUCGAAUGUGAGGCGAGCUAGACCGUAGCUCCUAGACCACAUACACAGCAACAUCAUCCUCGUUGCGCUGACCAAAAGGCUGCAGCGCAUCUUGUAGCACGCGUAGCAGGCCACUCAUCCGCCUCGAACAAGCGAAACCACGACUCGACUCUUGCCGGGAACAGCUCAUCGACGCGACAGCGCGGCAUCAAGAUGGGCGCCAAAAUACCCCGCAACUUCCGCCUGCUGGAGGAGCUUGAGAAGGGCGAGAAAGGUCUUGGAGCUGAGGCCUGCUCGUAUGGUCUGGACAACCCCGAUGAUCUGCUCAUGUCGGACUGGAACGGCACCAUCCUCGGUCCCCCUCACAGCGUACACGAGAACCGCAUCUACUCGGUGAAGAUGCACUGCGGUCCCGAAUAUCCCGACAAGCCCCCAACGAUCCAGUUUGUGAGCAUGGUCAAUCUGCCUUGUGUCAACCCCAACAACGGCGUGGUCAACCCUAAGGAGCUGCCCUGCCUGAACACCUGGAAGAGGGAGAAUACAAUGGAAACAAUCCUGAUCGAGUUGCGGAGAUAUAUGGCAUCUAGCGUGUGCAAGAAGCUCCCUCAGCCCCCGGAGGGCACGGUCUACCCUGACAACUAGGGACCAUGUGGGAACUCGUGGGAAUAAUGAACCCUGACGGGCAAGGUUGAGGAUAGCCGGUGUCGCAGUCCCUUCACGUGAGGGCCCUUAGAGAUGACAGAGGGACGACAAGGGAAUAUUAAGCCUAGAGAGAUAUUCUUAGGGGUGCCCGGUCGGACCUUUAGCUUGAAGAACAACACCUAUACUUUUUCGUACGCGGCCCAAGACUGGGCUUUGGUCCGCGUGGUGGCCUGUGGAUAUUAUGCGUUCAAGUGCCCAA